ACGUAUAUAUCAUGCGCGAGUUAUCUGUGUCAAAUUAAAAGUCUUGUUUACUUCAUAACAUCUUAUCUUUGAGAUGAAGGGACUGUGAAGACUCUUUGUUGGAUUUGAUCAAACAAUGAAGGAGCAAACUUUAUGAAUCAGACGUCUUUGAAGCUGAUGCAGCCAGGUAAUCUGCACUCGGACAUUGGAUGGAUGAAUGGCUGAGGUUGGACGCCUGCUCUCAGAUUACACCGCUGAUGCUCCACAUCCUCCUGCUUCCUCCCAUCAAGCUCGGUCCCUGUCAGCCUGUCUGCGGAUGAAUCCCAAAGCCUGUGCUUCUACCAUCGCCCAAAGGACUCCAUGUCUUUCUUGGACUGUUCCUGCAUCUCCCACGCUCAGGUCCAGCCCUUGGACAUAGAGGAGCGCUAUGAGGACUCCAGCCACCAGUUCCUGAGCUGUGACGGUUCUGAAUUCACUCUGCAAGGCCCGGCUGGAGGCGAUGACAUCACAGGACUCUCAGCUGUGCCGGCCCACUACCAGCUGCUGUCUGAGCUGGGGAGAGGCUUCAAUAACCUGAGUCAGGUGAGCAUGGCACGCCACAUCCCAACCGGUCAACUGGUGGCUGUCAAACAAACCAACCUGGACGAGUGCACGGAGGAGGAGCUGCUGCAACUCAUGAAUGAGGUCCUGCUCUCCAGGCUGUUCCGCCACCCAAACCUCCUGACGUCUCGCCUGGUUUUCAACUCCUGCUGCCAGCUGUGGGUCCUCACACCACUCAUGGCAUAUGGUUCAGCAGACACUCUACUCAGAACGUACUUCCCUGAUGGCAUGAGCGAGUCCCUGAUCGCGUACCUGCUAUAUGGUGUUCUGAAAGCGUUGGAAUACCUGCACCAGAUGGGCUACGUGCAUCGAGGGGUGAAGGCGAGUCACAUCCUGUUAUCAGGGGAGGGGCGUGUCUACCUCUCAGGGCUGCACAGUAUUUACAGUAUGAUGCGUGAGGGGAAGAGGAUGAGGGCCGUGUUCGACAUGCCACACCACAGCCCCGCACUGCUGCCCUGGCUGAGCCCUGAGCUGCUGCGACAGGACCUGCAUGGCUAUGGAGUCAAAUCAGAUAUCUACAGUUUGGGGAUCGUGGCCUGUGAGCUUGUCAGCGGCAGGGUGCCUUUCCAGGACAUGCCCCCCACUCAGAUGCUGCUCCAGAAGCUCCGAGGCUCCCACUGCUGCCUCCUAGACGUCGCUCCCUUCCCGCUAGGCGAGCUCGGGGGUCUGAAGGUGUCCCGGUCCGGGGUGGACUCCGGCAUCGGGGAGAGCGUGGCAACGGGAAGCCUGACACACAGCGCCACCGCUCCUCCCACCGACAGACCUCAGAGCCCGGCACCCAAGAACCACUCGGCCACCCUGCACAACCUGGUCCAGCUGUGUCUGCAGCAGCAGCCUGAGCGCAGACCGUCAGCAUCUUCACUUUUGACCCAUGCCUUCUUCAAGCAGGUGAAAAGGCACACCACCAGAGACACCUUCCUCAGCCUCAUGUACCCAGCAGUGCCCCUCACCAGCCCGGAGGACCCUCCUGUCUCCUGCCCCCCUACCCCAUCCUGCCAUCCUCUGACAUCCAACCCCACAGACCCCAACGAGGGGGUGUGGGACUUCUCCUAACCCCUCCCCCCAAAUCUCCAAAAAUACUGACUAGCAAGCCAAACACGAGACAAUCAAAGCAGAGCAAUGAGGCCAAAUUCUACUGUGCUUUUAUUUUGUAUUAUUCACUCUCUGAGCCUUUUUUAUUACGUAGUUUUGUAGUUUUUAUAUAUGUUAAUCUUAUCGAUACGAGCGGUUCAUUUAGGGGUUAGCGGCGCAACUGUGAAAAAGCUGGAUCGAAAAGCUGCUCUGAUGAUCACGUAUUAAUAAUAGAUUAUUAAAGAGUCGCCGAACAAAAAGGCUGAUCAGCUGACUUAUAAUCAAGCACUUCCAUAAAAAGUGAAGGAGGCAACCCAGAUAUGGCGCUGGAGGCACUUAGCGUUCGUCUUUACCGUGUACGUUUCAUCUCUCCAAUUAUAACGGUCUUGUUUUGUUGCCCAUUGUACCAGUUCAUGUCCUCUGAAGGGCGCAUUGUAAACUGACUCUUAAAGACAGUGUAUACCAUGGAAGGAAGAAAGGAAGGAAGGAAGGAAGGGUGGAUUUCUCUUUUCUAAGUGUUAUUUUGUAUUCAUACUGUGAAUAGUGAAUACUGAGGUACAUGAAAAGAUAUCUGCAACAUAUAUGUGCGUCCAUAUUCGUGCGUCUAUACUCAAUAAUCAUCCGAAAUUCUGUAAAUUACAGGAAAAUGGUGCAUUACAUUUCUCCAGAUUAGUAGACAGAAUUUAGCUAAAUGUAAACAACUACAGGCGAAUAUAGGGCUAAGUUAGCAGCUAGCUAACUAGCUAACAUAUCAGUUAGUUUCUUAUUUCUAUCCCACAUUGUAUGGGCGAUGUAGUUCAGAACUUAGCGCCUGAACUGUUUGUUUUUGUCAGUUUAAUUGAGCAUAUUAAAGCUCCUGCAAGUAAUUUUUUUGUUGUGUGGAUUUUGGCGCUCCCUGUGGACAAAGCAGGAAGUUGUAUGUGUUGGAGGUGUGUUUUCCAACAAGAAAUCUCAUCUUAAUCUACUAUGAGUAGAGCACUUUGCAGUAUUUAGCUAGUUACAGGGACAAGGACAAACUUUCUUCUAACAGGCAGAAACCUCCAGCAGGACCAGACUCAUGUUAGACAUCCGUCUGCCUCGACUGAGUCUGGAGUUAGAGUGGAUGAAAAGAGAGACACUAAAUGUCCUAAAUGUAACUUAAAAUUAAUCUUUAAAGUAGAAUUAGAUUUUGAGGCGUGGGUGCUAAUUCCAGUCGGUUUCAUAAUCAGCUAAAACUCCCUACAGGAGCUUUAAUUCAGUCAAAAUCUCAACUCUCCAUCACUUUCGGCGAUUUUGAGAUACUUGUUUUUGUGUUUAGAGAACAGUCCACAAUCAAAUAUGUAGAUACAUUGCUGUAUGUUUGAACAUAUAUACACAUACUCUGUAUGAGUAGGCCUUUUAAAACACAAUAUCACAUAUUUGCCUCUAAAAAAAAAAAACCAUUACAACGUACAAACUGACUCUUAAAAACAAGCACAUAAGCAAUAGUUUUACUUGUGUUCAUUGUUGUAGUUGGAAGUCCGUAGAUUAAAAACCUCCCCUGCUAUGGUUAUCAAUGCUACAACAGACUUUUCUACUGUGCUGUGUGACCACUUAUCCAACAAUGCCUUUAUGUUCGAAUGAAACCUGCGUUCUGAUUUUAUGGUGAUCUCUCUGUAACUGUGAUUUAAGUGUACUGUGUGUGAGAACAUGGUAGCUGUAUGAGCCUUAUAUAAACACUUAUAUUCUACAUGAAAUAUAUGUACAUACAAAAUUUGAUUUCUUA